GUUUUUAUUUGUGAUUUUUAAGUUAACUUACAAACAAAUUUGACUAGUCUUUGAGUUUAUUCAAAAUGAGACAAGCUUCUUCGAUCCUCCGCCAAGCGUUCUUGUCAAGACAUGGGAUUCUACUGAAUAUACCACGUCGACUGGCCGACUACGCCAAGACCAGGGAGAAUCUUAAGUUAACUGGCAAUUCAACUGUAAUAUGCCAGGGCUUCACAGGCAAACAAGCAACAUUCCACUGCCAGGAAGCUAUUAAAUAUGGCACAAAAUUGGUUGGCGGUAUUUCGCCUAAGAAAGGCGGCACCAAACAUCUUGACAAACCCGUCUUUGCCACGGUCGAGGAGGCAAAAAAAGCGCUCAAUCCGCAUGCGACUGUUCUCUAUGUACCAGCACCAACUGCUAAACAGGCAAUCGAUGAUGCGCUUAAAGCCGAAAUCCCGCUCAUCGUGAUCAUUACCGAGGGCAUACCGCAACACGAUAUGGUGCGCGUGAAGGACGCACUAAUGCAGCAAGAGAAAUGCCGCAUCGUCGGUCCCAAUUGUCCGGGCAUUAUAGCGCCGGAGUUGUGCAAGAUUGGCAUUAUGCCUGGCAACAUACACAAACGCGGCUGUGUGGGUGUGGUCUCGCGUUCGGGUACGCUUACGUACGAAGCCGUUAACCAAACGACUCACUAUGGCAUGGGUCAAACGUUAUGUGUGGGUAUAGGUGGUGAUCCCUUCAACGGAACGAAUUUCAUCGAUUGCCUCAGUAUCUUUCUAAAAGAUCCCGAAACGAAGGGAAUUGUGUUGAUAGGUGAAAUCGGUGGUAGUGCGGAGGAGGAUGCUGCUGAGUUUUUGAUCGAACACAACUCGGGUGAUAAAGCCAAGCCAGUUGUGGCUUUCAUUGCCGGACGCACAGCACCACCGGGCAGACGCAUGGGCCAUGCAGGUGCAAUUAUUUCGGGUGGUAAAGGCAAGGCCGUUGACAAGGUCAAGGCGUUGGAGAAGGCGGAUGUCAUAGUGUCGGAGAGCCCAACUAAACUUGGUUAUUUGCUGUCGGAGGAGAUGAAAUGCCGUAAAUUGAUUUAGUACUGCCAACGUUGGAGCGUUUGAAAAAAUUGGUGCGUCUGAUCAUAUUGUUAUUUAGAAAAUGAAAAAAUAAUUUUGUAUGUACAUACAUAGCGUAUAUAUGUAUUUACACACAUACAGAUAUAUAUUUUUCUAAUAAAAAUUUAUAGAUAAUGCCUUGAGCCUAC